ACACUAAUAAGGUAUUCCCGAGUCUUUUAUAUAACUCUUAGCGUAUACUACUGGUAACCGGCUGUAUCGGCAAUGGCUUCCUCAAUGAUCUCAUCGGCAACCAUUGCCACCGUCAACCGCUCCUCCCCGGCUCAGGCCAACAUGGUCGCCCCCUUCACCGGCCUCAAAUCCUCCUCCGCUUUCCCCGGCACCAGGAAGGCCAACAACGACAUCACUUCCCUUGCUAGCAACGGUGGCAGAGUGCAAUGCAUGCAGGUGUGGCCUCCACUUGGGAAGAAGAAGUUCGAGACUCUCUCGUACCUUCCCACUCUCACUACAGAACAAUUGGCUAAGGAAAUCGACUAUCUUCUCCGUUCUAAAUGGAUUCCUUGCUUGGAAUUCCAAUUAGAGCACGGAUUCCCGUACCGUGAGAACCACAGGUCGCCAGGGUACUACGACGGACGCUACUGGACCAUGUGGAAGCUCCCCAUGUUCGGGUGCACCAAUUCAUCCCAGGUUCUGACUGAGUUGGAAGAGUGCAAGAAGGAAUACCCCGAGGCAUUCAUUAGAAUCAUCGGAUUCGACAACGUGCGUCAAGUGCAGUGUAUCAGUUUCAUUGCCCACAAGCCCAAAGGAUAUUAAUAAGCUGUUCACGUUUGAGUUCCUUCCCUCGUAGGGAGUUCCAUUUGUUUUCAAAAGUUGUACUUAAAUUAAGCUCUCAAAAAGACUCUAUUUCUUUUGGUC